CCAAAGAUUGGGAACAGAAACGCAAAUCAAGCGUAACAGGUGGUGGUUCCUCAAUCAUCAUCCACAAUUCGACACUAUCAGGGAACUCGUUGUCGGGAAACUCUUUAGGAAUUGGUUCCAUUGCUAGAAGCUCUGUUAAUGAAACGAAAAAACAGGCCCGUAAUGUUCAAGCCCCGCGAACACCCGAAUAUCAAAUGUUAUCUUCAAGUUCCUCUGUUCCCUUAACCAUAAGAAACGAAAGUGACGAAGAAACAGACACAGACAGUGAUGGGACUGACAGUGAUAAGCGAGAUCUUAAGAAUCUUACGUUUGAUGAGUACGUGGAUGGUGACGCUGUGCGUGUAGAUGGUGGUGACGAUGAAGAGACUCCUGAUUACAAUGAUGAUGAGGUCAAUGUGGAAGCUGAACGGGACAAGCAGGGAAGCAGGUUAAUUAUCGAAGAAAUAAAUAAGAUGAAAGCAGAAUACUCAGAAAGAUACCAUAAGAUACGUCCAGAGAACAAAUGGAAGUUACCUUCUGGAAAGUUUGCAGAGGAUAUUCUCUACGAGUACACACUAAAUUUAGAAUACGAAAGUUUUGCUAUCAGCUACUUGCACAGCUUUAUAAUUGAUACAAGCGAUGAGACGAUUAUGAAUCUUUUCAAUGAUCUUGACAGGCAUCACAUUAAUACAUAUAAUAUCCUUCCGGAACCACAAGUGGAUGAUAAAUUACUAGACUUUCUUUUACGCUACCGAGAAAAAACCCCUCAAGGUCUACGUAAGUUAAUCAAUGCUGGUAUCGAUUUACCUUCUUAUGACUCGCAGAGAGAUUUCGACUAUCACUACAUACACGAAGUUUUCUCUCAUUUGCUUCCACGAUAUGAACUUAGGCCUAAUGACUAUACUAAUUCACACUUAGAGGGCUGGUUCAAGACAAAUAUCUGGAGCGUAAUAGUAGACUGUUGUCUUUUAGAUGUGGUGAAUUCAGAAUUCAUACGGUAAGUGUGCUUAUUGGAUAUAGAGAUAUAAAAUUUUUUAAUGAAAUUUCCAUUUCUUUUAGCGGUGAAGGUUGCUCUCGCGCUUCAGGGCAACGAAAAAAUAAGGGAAGAAAAAGUUCGGAAGUUAGAAAGAUUCUUGGCCGUAAGUGUGAUGGUACGGGAAUUAGGGACACCAGAUGAGUUUGCAAUAAGC